GAUAUAUGGCCUGUCCCCGAGACUUAGAGGCAGUAUCUUUAGAAUGACCAUUCAACACAGGAUUCUGGAGCUGGGAUCAAAUAUGGGUAUGAAAUAAUCCGAGCCUCAGUUUACAUCUUAUAUCAAAUGAGAGGUUUUUUCUAAAUGAUUUCUGUGAUCCAUUUCAGCUCCAAAUUCUAUGAUAUUAUAAAAUAUAUGUUCAUACAAAAUUCCAGGGAUAUAGAAACCAUAAUCUUUCUUGUUUUCUUUUCCAGAGUUUAAUUCUUUGGCAAGGGAUUUCUUCCUUCGAUGAUCCAUUUGGAGGGAAAACCCUCACAGAUCUAAGAAGGGAAAAGAGACAUAUUUCCGUUCCACAUACAUACAGAUACCCUAACUCCAGUUUAGUGCCAUGUUUUACCAUGUGACUUCCCUACCAUCCUCAUGACAUGUUCCAUCUGAAGAUGAAGAUUCACAGUGACAGAAAGACAAUAGAAUCAAGGUUGACGAAUUACUCUUGAGUGAAUUAUAACAGCAUAACCACUCCUCUGAGGAACCCCCAAAUCUGAAAUGUUAUAGUUGGAGUGGUUUGAAAGCCAGAUGGAGGGAAAGGUGACCCCAUCUGUCUAAAUUUUACUAGGAAUAGAAGGAUGGUACCAAUCAGAAUAAAACCGGAUGAGGAGACAACCUCACAAUGGAAGAGCCAACCCCAAUGCCUGUGCAAGUCGAUGUGGACAAAGGAUUGACUUUGGCCUGUUUUGUCUUCCUUUGCCUCUUUCUCAUUUUUAUGAUUAUUCGCUGUGCCAAAGUCAUAGUGGACCCGUAUAGUGCCAUACCCACGUCUACCUGGGAGGAGCAGCAUCUGGAUGACUGAAAACACCUCACCUUUUUCAGGGAAGCUAGAUGAAAAUCUCUACCCUGGAGCCUCAAGACCAAAGGUCUCUUCUUUCCAAAAAAAGCCAUGGGAGAGUUUCAGCUCUUUGCCAAAGUAAUAAAUAUUUGAGCAAAGAAAAUAAUGCAAACAUUUGCAAGUAGCAACUUACAAGAUGGCAAGUCACGAAUCAGAUGAAGUAUGGAAACAAGAAUGGUCACUUAAAAAUUAUUUUGUUUUUCAUGUACCUCCUGGCAAGUGGGUAGCCCAAAGGAGCAUUGAUGUGGACUGGUAAAAGCUUUGUACUUAUUUGCAAUGCUGUAUUAAGAGAUCUUAAGGAUCCUUUCUUUUUGGUAGUCCCAAGUCCACUCUGGCUACUGUUACACAAAGCUGGAGUUUAGAGAAGUAGACCACUUGGUCAGCCAUUGGAGGUUGCAUUGGAGGUAUCUCUUAGGCUGGCAUUCCCCCUGACAUCUGCUUCUCUUUCUCAGAUAGGGUGAGGACUCUCUCUCUCUCUAUGAAAACAGACAGGAAGUAUCACAACUAAAUGAUAAUCAAGGGAUGUGGACUUUCUUCAGACAGUGAAUUAGGCCUUUUAAGGGAGCAUAAUUUAUUGAAAGAAGUAUCAGUGUGAGAGACUGAUGUACUGUAUGAUUUAAUAGAUAAUUUACUGAUUUACUAUGUGAGCUUGGGCAGGUCAUUUCAGGUUCUGGUGCCUCAGUUUCCUCAUCUGUAAAAUGGGGACAAUAAACUGUGCCCUCUCAUCUCAUAAGAAUGUGAGAAUAAAAUUAAAUCAUAAGUUUGGAAAUACUUUAGAAUUAAAGGCAAUACAGCAGAAGAAGGGAUAUGCCAUUGGUAAUUGCUAUGCUCAGAUUCCCUACCCACCAAAAUAGAUUCUAACAUCCUUACCUAUCCUCACAUGGGGUGGCCAGAAGCCUGAGCUGACCAGAAGGUCAGUUUUGUCAAGAGCCUCCCCUGUCCUUAGUACCAAGAGCAAUGAGCCUUCUUUCAUCACCAGAAUGACACAGGACUUUAUUGAUCUUGACUAUUCCUUCCAAAUUUAAAGUUGGAAGAGACCUGAGAGGUUAUUAAAUUCAAACUUCUUAUUUUACAGAUGAGGAAACCGAGGCACAGAGAGAUUAAAUGACUUGCCUACAGUUGCACAGUUAGGGGGUCUAUGGCCUAUGGAACUAGCCUGGGGUUAAGCAGGUAUAAUCACAGCCACCGUCUAGGCCCUAAACUAAUGAUAGUACAGUGACAGCUGUCAUUCUGGGGAUCCAUGGCGUUAACAAUAUGAUUCAUUUUGGAGCAGAACAAAAAAAUACAAUUAUUCUGGGCACCUUUUCUUUAAGAAGGAAGGGUCACAAAUUGAAUCCCUCGGUGGUCUGGGGUCCCUUCAUCAAUGAUCACCCAUCCCUUUAGGGAUUUUCGGAAGCAGAAGAUCAUGAUAUCAUAGCCUUAUAGCUUCUCACCUGCUUGAAAAGGUGCAUUCUAGCCCUCCUAGCUUUCAUAAACCAAUCCGAGGGUCUUGGUUCAAGGAGGAAGCAGCCUCUCAGAGCACCAUCGCCUCUUGGAGGCAGCUGUCAACAGCUGCCGGUGCACAGCUGCAUACACAGUGGUUGUAGGGCACACACUUAUCUAUUCACCAUUCAUAUGGGAAGCACAAACAAACAAGGCAGCCAAUCAAGCUGCAACGAUCCCAGGGAAUGUUCCAGAUCUGAGACUCCAUGUACAGAUUAAAUCCCUCAGUGAUCUAGGUUCCCUUCCUCAAUGAUUACUCAUACCUAUAGGGAUUGUCUGAAGCAGAAGAUCACAACACCAUAGCUUCAAAGCUUCUCACCUGCUUGAAAAGAUACAUUCUAGCCACCCUAAGUUUUAUAGACCAAUCCGAAGGUCUUAGUUCAAGGGAGAAGCAGCCUCCCAGAGCACCAUCACCUCUUGGAGACAGCUGUCAACAGCUGCUGGGUGCACAGCUGCAUACACAGUGGUUCUAGGGCACACAUCUGUCUAUUCACCAUUCAUAUGGGAAGCACAAACAGAAAACAGUCAACCAAGCUGCAAAGAUCCCAGGGAAUGUUUGAGAUCUGAGACUCCAUGCACAGAAGGAGAAGUUCCUUAGUGGGGAGAGGGGGAAGAAACCUUCUCUUGUGCUACUGGAUAAAUACUUAUAUUUAGCCAGUGCAGCAGCUUUCAAGUUUGCAGUCUACCUCGGAGAAAUAAAGCACCUUCUAAGAAAAAUAAAGCCCAUUUUUGUGAUUUUGUUUUGCAAAUAAAUAUCUUCUCAUGAUUUGAAGAGAGAAGAGAGCAAAAGUGAGGAGAACCUUUAGAGUUCAUUCUGCCCACCCACAUGCAGUUUUGCCAGAUCUAGGAUGAGUUUCCCCUGCAGCUUUUCCAAUGGGGCUCCAUUUGGGAGCUUUAGAGAGAGAUGGAAGCUGUAAAUUGGUUAUUAAAUCCUAGCUCUAUGUGCUUCAGAGAAAAGGAAAUACCUGCCAAGUUCACUGUUGGGUAGCCUUUCUGCUGGAAAAGACUGGCUUAAUUGUUUCACUUUUUUCUUUAUUUUUUGCCAGGAUGAUCUGUAUACAAAAGUGCAGUAAAUGAGACAGAAAAAAGAGGUAAACACAGGUGGGGAUUCUGUGGUCUGCCUCAUUUCCCUUGUUGAAUGAUAGACAACUAGGGCUUCCAUCCCUACAAUUAGAACUUGUGGAUAAUUCCACUGGACAAAUACUUCACAGCACUUAUAGGUUUGUCGGUAAUAUUGCAGUGCCUAGAGAUCUUUUGAAGAAAGGAGAAGGCAUAUUUCCUCUUCAUUUUAUCAUAUAUGAGAACAUAGAAAUCGGAGGCAAAAGCCUGGAUUCAUGUACUAGCUCCCUCCAUAGUAUGUUGUAUGAAUGAAGGCAAUUUCUUAAUUUCACUAUGUCUGAGUGUUUUUUUUUUUAAUCUCUGUCCUUUAUCUACCUCACAUGCCAUUGUGGGGAUUAAUGAAAUUGUGCAAAGAAUUCGGUGAAAAAAAGUACUAUAGAGAAAGACUAAUUUCUAACAAUCUACCAUGAAUAUUAAGAAAGGAAGGAAAGAAAGAAGGAAGGACGGAAGGAAGGAAGGAAAGAAGGAAGGGAGGAAGGAAGGGAGGAAGAGAGGGGAAGAGAGAGAAGAAGAAAGAGAAAGAAAGAAAGAGAAAGAGAGAAGGAAAGAAGAAGAGAAGAGGAGAGAGAGAAGGAGAAAGAGUGGAAGAAGGAGAGGAGAGGAGAGAGAGAGAG